ACCUGCGGCGCGCUUUUGUGGCCCGCACUCCUCCAAAGGUAGGAGCCGAGAGGCUGCUGCAGCCCGCCGAGCUACGCGCAGACGCUGCAGGCCGCAGACACUCUGUCUGCGCAGCAGCUUCUGUCCCGCAUGCGCCCAAACCUGCAGCGUGAGCCGCUCUCACCGCAGAUACUAAAGCAGCAAACAGGAGAAAAGGUGGUCGGUGGGACGGAGGCGUUCUGACGCUUUGAGGAAGAGAAACGUUUUUCCACUGCAGAGGAAACAUGGGCUCUUCAGAGAAGAAAUGUAGAAGAAAAAGGAGAGUGACACCUGAGUGCUCUCAGGAUGACGAGGCUCACCCAGCACAGAACAAAGACAAAUCACACUCCUGUGAUGAGUGUGGAAAGACUUUUCCCACCGCAAAGCAGCUCAAAAGUCACCAACGCAUCCACUCUGGAGUCAAACCCUUCAACUGUGAUCACUGUGAAAAGGCCUUUGUCACAGACGCAGCACGAAGAAUUCACCAACGUAAUCACACUGGAGAGAAACCAUUUAGGUGUGACCAGUGUCAAAAGACUUUUCGUCACUCAUCAGCCUUAAGUGUACACAAGCGCAGACACACUGGAGAGAAACCGUACCCCUGUGAUCGGUGUGAGAAAGCUUUCACAGUUUUAUAUGCUUUAACGGAACACCAGAACACACACACUGGAAGGAAACCCUUCAGCUGUGGCCAGUGUGGAAAGUCCUUUAAUCAUAUAACAGCCUUGGCGAGACACAAGAGUGUCCACAGUGAAGAGAAGCCAUACACCUGUGAGGAAUGUGGAAAAGCCUUUAGCUUAUCCAGUUACCUGAGGGCACAUAAAAGAGUUCACACUGGAGAGAAAAGGUUCUGGUGUGACGAGUGUGGGAAAGGAUUCACACGACAAAAUAGUCUCAGAGACCACCAGAACAGCCACGCUGGGAAAAAACAAUAUUCCUGUGACCAGUGUGGAAAAGCUUUCUCUUGGGAAGCUAACCUUAAAAUGCAUAAGAAAGUACACAAGAAUGUGAAGCAAUAUCUGUGUGAGAUGUGUGGAAAAGCUUUCCUCCUGAAAGGAAAUUUAGAAAAACACAAGGUCAUUCAUAAAAGAGAGAAAUGUUUCCCCUGUGGCCAGUGUGAGGAAGCUUUCACUUCAUUGGCUCAGCUCAGGACUCACCAGCGCCUCCACUUUGGUGACAGAGUGUACCGCUGUGAUCAGUGCGAGAGAGGAUUCACACAGUCAGGCACACUCAAAAAUCAUCUUCGCACUCACACUGGAGAAAAACCAUAUCAGUGUAACCAGUGUGAUCGAGCUUAUGCCUCAAAACGUAGCUUAACGCAACACCUGUGCACUCACUCUGGAGUUAAACAGCACUCCUGUGAUGAAUGUGGAAAAGCAUUUACUCAUUUGGAAUACCUAAAAAUACAUCAGCGCAUUCACGGUCAAGUGAAAGCAUACAGCUGUGAGCAGUGUGGAAAGGCUUUUGCUUACAAGAGUAAUUUAAUAAAACAUCAACACAUUCAUACUGGAAUUAAAGCAUACAGCUGUGACCAGUGUGGGAAAGCUCUUUCUUCUAAGCGGGCCUUAACUAUCCAUGAGCGUGCCCACUCUGGAAUUAAGUCGUAUAGCUGUGACCUUUGUGGAAAAACCUUCAGCCAGUCAGUGACCCUGAAAAGGCACCAACGCAUGCACACUGGAGAGGAUCUGUACCGCUGUGAAGACUGUGGUAAAGGUUUUGCUUUGUAUUCAGGAUUGAAAAGCCAUGAGGUUACCCAUACAGGGGAGAAGCCACACCGGUGUGGGGAGUGUGGGAAAGCCUACAGCCAUGUUGGUAACCUCAUAAUCCACCGAAGAUCCCACACGGGAGAGAGACCAUACAAAUGUGACCAGUGCAGUAUAACCUUUAAGAGUUACAGUUCUCUGAGACGCCAUCAGCAGAUUCACACAGGAAAGAAACCAUUCAAGUGCCAUCACUGUGAGAAAUGGAGCAGCGCUGAUGGACUAACUCCUCGCCGCUGUCAGCACUGUGGCAACAAACCGUACCGCUGUGACCAGUGUGGACGCACUUUCAGCCAGCUGAUAACCUUAACAAGACACCAGCGUAUGCACACUGGACACAAAUUUAAUUACUGUAAAGAAUGUGGGAGAGGUUUCCCACUACUGAGUUCAUUAAAGGACCAUGAAAUAGUCCACAGUGGGGCUAAAUCGCACGUCUGUGACCAGUGCGGGGUUUCAUAUGUCAGUGCAGGUGUCCUCCGAAGACAUAAACGAAUCCACACAGGGGAAAAACCAUUCAAGUGUAGACACUGUGAAAAAAGUUUCACGUCCUCAGGUCACCGCACGCUUCACGAGCGUGGCCACACAGAAGAAAAACCUUACACCUGUGAUGAGUGUGGAAAAAGCUUCAGACAUUCAGGAUCUUACCGCUUACACCACCUGAUCCACACCAAAGAGACCAUAUUCCCCUGUGGUGUGUGUGGAAAGAUCUUCACCUGCGCCUCUUCAUUUGAGUACCACGAACGUACCCACACUGGGGAGAAACCUUUUAAGUGCAAACACUGUGAGAAGUGCUUCAUUUCAGCAUCUUUGCGUGCACUGCAUGCACACAUUCAUACUGAAGUACAACGGUACAACUGUGACCAGUGCAACAAAACUUUCAGGACUCACAGUUCAUACACCAGUCACAGGCGCAGCCACGCUGCAAAUAAACAGUUUCACUGUUACCAGUGUGCACAGAUAUUCCCUUCAUUACGAGCUCUGUGUAAGCAUCAGGUCAAACAUGCUGAGCAGGAAACUUUCCCAUCGCUGGAUAAAGAGGAGAGACACAAAGUAUCCGAGCAGACUUCUGGUUUCAGACUUAAAAACCUUGAGAUCAGGCUGCACAGAAUCCAGAUUUAAUCUCCUCAAACUUCAGUUCAUAUCACAGGUGGUCUAUCAUAUUACCUUUAAAGUUCAGUGACAGUACAAUCAGAUAAUUCAUUGUUUGACCGCCUUAUUUUUCUGUGCUGCAGUCGUGCUCUAUAGGCCCAGAGAAACCAGUUAGAAAUGUCUUUUAAAAAUAGUGGAUUACACAUUGAAAUUAUAGAGAAAAGAACUAUUGUUAAAUCAGGUAAAUGUGAGCAAAAUACAUAAGCUGCAGGAUUGUGAGGGGACUUAAAAUCUAAAUGAAGGAAAAGCUCGGGCCUGUGUUAAUGCUGUAUACUCCAUCACCUGACAUUAGUCAGCGAAUGGCAGAAUGUUUUGGUAAUGGGGCCAUUAGACUCCAUAGGAGUUCCUAUUAGGUUGAACUAUCCAGUCUGGAAAAUGAGCCCAAACCAAUGAUCACCAGUCAGUCCAAAUCUAGUGCUACAGUGAUUUACCAGGAGUAUCUGCACGUUUAAUAAACCUCCUCAGGGUGGGGUCAAAGUUUGGAGAUAAGUUCAGCUUCUUUGUGCUUUGUGAACUUUCUUUGGAUGCAGCUUUGAUUUCAGCAGCAUUUAAGCUUUGGUAAAAGUGAAACAAGAGUAAUUCUGCAUAAUCAUUUUAACCAUUGCUGUACUAGAUAACAGAUGUGUGAUGCAGCUGUCAGAAAGUGUGGUGUUUUAGUUUAAUAGGGGAUUGAAAUCCAUGGAAAUCUCAGAUUCUGGUGUGAUUGGAGAAAAACGUACUUUUUCUUUUUAUGUUUGUGACUUUGUUUCAAAGAUUUUUCAAUUAUUGUGAAUUAAGGAUGGUUCCUCAGCUGAUGGAGGGUUAAGAGCAUUUGCUGAUGACGUGUUAGGGCCGA